AUGGAGAAAACACGGGUUGCCAAGGUUGACAAUGUGACCUUGGCCCGCCGUGGAGACCAGGUCGACGGCGCCCUCCACCUCACCCCUCACCACCUAAUCUUCUCCUACACUCCUCUAAUCUCGAGCGAAGAUGCCGCUAAAGGUGUACCCAUAAGACCGAAAGAGCUCUGGAUUACCUACCCGAUCAUUUCCUUUUGCACUCUCCGACCGGCUCCCGCGGCCUCCCGCCAGCUCUCCUCCAUUCGCCUUCGAUGUCGCGACUUCACCUUUGUGUGCUUCUAUUUCACCAGCGAACAAAAGGCGAAGGAGGUGUUUGACAGUAUUAAACAAUGGACAUGCAAAUCUGGCAGACUGGAUAGGCUCUAUGCGUUUAGUUACCAGCCGCCGCCUCCAGAGAGGGAGUUCAAUGGGUGGGACUUGUAUGAUCCACGCAAGGAAUGGGAGCGCCAGGGUCUCUCUAAAGAGAACUCUGGCUGGAGAGUUUCGGAGAUCAACACUGAUUAUGGAUUCUCUCCGACCUACCCUGCACUGAUCCCCGUGCCCUCCUCGAUCUCAGACAACACACUCAACUAUGCCGGAAGAUAUCGCUCUAGACAGAGAAUCCCCGCACUCACAUAUCUCCACCCCGUCAACAAUUGCAGUAUCACACGGAGUUCCCAACCUCUGGUUGGUGUACGACAGAACCGCAGCAUCCAGGAUGAAAAGCUUCUCGCCACAAUUUUCUCGACUUCUCGCACGGAAAGACCGCUGGCUAGCUUUGCCAAAUUUACCCUGGACAGGGAAGCCUCCGACUCGAGCCAUGAUAGCGGAUCAACGACCGAUCUAGAUGUGUCAAAUGCCGAAGAGAUCGAAGAUGAAAUGCUCGCUGCUGCUCGUGCAGUCCAUCCUGAGGAACGUGCAAUUUAUGGUGCUCAGCAGCAAAAUUUGAUUGUUGAUGCGCGUCCUACCGUAAAUGCUUUUGCUAUGCAGGCCGUUGGCCUGGGCUCCGAGAACAUGGACAACUACAAGUUUGCCACCAAAGCCUACCUCGGGAUUGAUAACAUUCACGUUAUGCGUGACUCCUUGAAUAAGGUCAUUGACGCCCUGAAAGACACGGACGUUACCCCAUUGGGGCCGAAUCGCGACCAGCUUGCCCGGAGUGGCUGGCUAAAGCAUAUUGGGGGUAUCUUGGAAGGUGCACGCCUAAUCGCACGCCAGGUUGGUCUCCAGCAUUCUCACGUGCUCAUUCACUGCUCCGACGGCUGGGAUCGGACAAGCCAGUUGAGUGCGCUGAGUCAAAUUUGCCUGGACCCAUACUUCCGAACAAUGGAAGGUUUCAUGGUCCUGGUAGAGAAGGAUUGGAUGUCUUUUGGACACAUGUUCCGACACCGAUCGGGUCAUUUGAACAGUGAGAAGUGGUUCCAGAUUGAGAACGAGCGCAUUGGUGGUGAUACGGAAGGAGGAGGUGCAGGUCCUGCCAAGGCAAUCGAGAAUGCCUUCCUGAGUGCGAAAGGAUUCUUCAACCGGGACAAUACGAGCCGGGACUCUUUACCUGACUCCGAGGGAGAGCUCCAAAGCUAUGAUUCGGACAGUCCAACCAAAAAGCCGAGCUCCGCGCCUCGCAGCCUUGUCUCUGAGAAGGAGAUCACAAAGGUGAAAGAGACCAGCCCUGUUUUCCAUCAGUUCCUCGACGCCACAUACCAGCUGCUUCAUCAGUACCCGACACGGUUUGAGUUCAAUGAACGUUUCCUAAGACGACUUCUAUACCACCUUUACGCCUGCCAGUUUGGUACCUUCCUUUUCAACAAUGAGAAAGAGCGUGUGGACACGAACGCACGAGAGCGAACGCGGAGUGUAUGGGACUACUUCCUCGCUCGACGGGAACAAUUCACCAACCCAGAGUAUGAUCCCGUCGUUGACGACCACCAGCGUGGGAAGGAGAGGUUGAUCUUCCCUCGAGUCAAAGAGACUCGAUGGUGGAGCGAGGCGUUUGGCCGUUCUGACUCUGAGAUGAAUGGGCCUCUCAGCUCGACGGGAGGUGCUGGAACCGAAAGUCCUGGCUCAGGCCGAGCCCCGAUUCUGACUGGGAUUGAGACCGCCCACUCGACUGGGACAGGGCCAACCGGAACAGAUGUUCAACAUGUAGCAGCAUCUGGCAUUGCUGCUGUCACAGAGGGGGUCUCCCAUCUUGGUGUCUCAAAUGAUCACAAGAGGAGUUCCAAGGAGAGUGAAGCUAACAAGAUGGAGUUGGAAAUGCAAUAA